UCCGAUUUUUGGCAUUUCUUGUAGAAAUAAGUACAAACUUCUUGUGAAAAGGGGUAAAAUUCGAAUUAAUUUUUUUGCAGGCAGUUGAAUCCACCGAGUCCGUGAUGGGUUCGACGCUUCUCUACAUCGCGAAAUUUCCCGAAGUACAAAGGAAAGUUUACGAGGAGGCGAAACGUGUGAUUGGCGAUGAUUCUGAGAGGAAAUUAAGCGUGGACGAUGUCAGCAGGCUGACCUACUUGGAAAUGGUGAUUAACGAAACGAUGCGGUUAAUAACGCCGGGAACGGUGAAUAAUCGCUAUGUCGGGGAAGACCUUGAUUUAGGUGACGGACUAAUCAUCCCAAAAGACACCAGCGUCUUCGUCCAGCUUCACCUACUUCACCGAAAUCCGGACGUUUACCCGAACCCGGGUGAAUUCGUACCGGAGCGAUUUUCACGAGAGAAUAUAGACAAACGUCAUCGCUACUCGUUCCUCCCGUUUUCGAAAGGACCUCGAGAUUGUAUCGGGAAACGAUACGUUAUGAUGGAGAUGAAAGUUGCCCUCGCCAAAAUUGUGCACAAAUAUGAAAUUUUUUCCAGUCUGGCCCACAUUGACGAUUACGACUUUGAAUUCUGCCCGUUCGUCCGUGUUAAGGGCGGCGUUAAGAUUCGACUCGAGGGGAGACGAAGCCAAGUGGAAAUUUAAUUAAUUUUUAUGUAUCAACAUUGAAAGAAAUCAUAACCUUGAAUUUUACAAUUCUAAAAAAAAUUCUAAAAAAAUUCUUAACAAUAUAGAUAUAUCUAUGACCCUCAGUAAAUCUAUGAAGACGUAGAAACCUUUAAGAGUUUGAAGAAAAACUCUCUGUAACUGUAGAUUUUUCACUCUCUUUAUGUAAUAAAGAAGGACUUGAACUAU